AUGCUUGUGAUUGCAAUGGAUGCGGACAAACGCGCAUCCACUUCCAUUUCUUUUUCUCCUUCCUCUUCCGACUCUUCUUCAUGCGAACAUUUGGAUCGGCUUGUCGACACGGAAGAGAUGGAAGCGGCGGAGACUCUUGCACAGUUGGCAAUGUGCGACUCUCACUCCACUGAUAAAUGCACCAAACCAGGUGCGACUCCAGUCUCGCAUCUCUCACCGACUCUUCACUCCGAUCCCUCUCUUGGGCCCGAGGUUGCAGAUCAGCAGCUAGAUGAAAAAAUACCCAAUACUGCAUCUGUAGAAACAGAGAAGACUGAGCAGGAUAACUGUUCGAGACACAUUGAGGUGGAGCAGGAUGCUGAUUUAUUACCUAUUUCAGUGGAGCAGGAUGCUGAUUUGUUAUCUAACUCAAGUAACAUUUUAGGUCGAUGUAACAAGUCAAGGAGAAAUUUAACUGCGGAAGAAAAAGAAGCUAGGAGGGUACGCAGGAUAUUGGCAAAUAGAGAGUCAGCUAGGCAGACAAUUCGUCGUAGGCAGGCUCUGUGUGACGAGUUAACAAAAAAAGCUGCCACUUUGGUGGAGGAGAAUGAAAGUUUAAAAAAGGAGAAAGAUUUGGCUUUGAAAGAGUAUGAGUCUUUGGAGACUACAAAUAAGUACUUAAAGGCACAAAUAACCAAGUCAAUGAACACUGAAGUGGAGAAAACUCCUGUUGAGCCUGGGUCAUCUGUGGCUGAGUUUGGAAAUGGACAAUCAUCACCUUCCAGUAGCCUGAAAGAUAAACAAGAUAAUAAACCAUGUAGUUCUAGCUCAUCUUUGAAUACACUGGCAAAUGUGGAUUAUCAAGCCUGGACAGAGGCCAGACUCAUUAAUGAUCCUCCAAGGUUUUCUUUGGAUGGAGGUGAGAAGAAAACAGGAUGUCACAUUUUAGAAAAGUAUCAUGGACCCACACGUUGCUGUAAUGGUCAUGCUUCUGCUUUCAAACAAGAAAACGAACUUAGAUUACAUUCUGCUCCAAACAAUAAAGUAUCUUCAACAGCUUAUAUUGCAACAACUUCACUGGAAAAGAAACAAGAACAAUUCAUUUGUCAGGGAAAAAGUUUAGCGGAUGCAAUUGCUGCUGCAGAAGCAAGAAAGAGGCGAAAGGAGUUAACAAAGCAGAAAAGCAUCCAUAACCGCCAGUCCCGGAUGCAGUGUUGA